AUGAAGCAGUUUUCAGAAGGGGAAAGCGGCAUUGGUGGCUGGCGGGCGAGCGGGUUUGAGGUGUCGGAGAAUGUGGUUCGAUCGUGGUUACCCCAGCAACCCACUGAGACGCAGCCUCAGAGAUUGACGGAUGUGAACCGGGGGAUUAAUCAGUUGAAUUGGAGGAUUCCCUUGCAUGGGCCCUUUGGAUCUGAAGUUGCUAGGGUGCUUGGUGGUGGUCUUGUUCCAGGUUCUUUGGUUUUGGUUGGGGGUGACCCUGGUGCUGGCAAGAGUACGCUGUUGUUACAGAUUGCUGCAAUAAUAGCUGAAGGGCAUGAUGAUCGAUCAAGUCCAGUUGUGUAUGUAUCUGGUGAAGAGAGCGUUGAACAAAUUGGAAAUAGAGCUGACCGCAUGAGGAUUGAAACAGAAGACCUUUUCUUAUAUUCAAGUACUGAUAUUGAGGACAUACUGGGACAAGUUCAUCAUCUUUCCCCUAGGGCUCUAGUUGUUGAUUCCAUUCAAACUGUAUAUUUGAAAGGAGUCACUGGAAGUGCAGGAGGUCUCUUGCAGGUGAAGGAAUGCACAUCAGCCUUGCUGCGUUUUGCUAAGAAGACUAACAUCCCUGUGUUUUUGAUUGGACAUGUGACAAAAUCUGGAGACAUAGCCGGGCCUCGUGUCUUGGAGCACAUUGUUGACGUUGUUUUAUAUAUUGAAGGGGAGAAGCACUCAUCUCAUCGAUUGCUUCGGUCUGUGAAGAAUCGGUUUGGGUCCACUGAUGAGCUUGGAGUGUUUGAAAUGACACAAUUGGGACUGCAAGUUGUUUCAAACCCCAGUGAGCUGUUCUUAAGUGAGCGGAACUCAGAUUCGGAGUGUUAG